UUCAGUUACCCUCUACUAGUUGAAAUAUAGCUAGAGAACCAUCAUCAUCAAUGGCUACAUCAAAUCCAAAGCUCUCAAUCAUUUCCAUCUUCUUCAUUAUCCUUUCAUUCUUAAUACUUCAAGCUGAAUCCGUAGUAAAAGAGGGAUGUGUAGAAGAAACAAGCUCUUGCAAUGACAAAGCUAGAGCUUUAACCCUAAAGAUAAUAGCCAUAGUCUCUAUCUUGGUUACUAGCCUGAUAGGUGUAAGUGCACCUCUUUUUACACGUUCAAUCCCUGCUUUACACCCAGAUCGAAGCCUUUUUGUGAUUGUUAAAGCCUUUGCUGCUGGUAUCAUUCUUGCAACUGGGUUCAUGCAUGUGUUGCCAGAUUCUUUUGACAUGUUAUCUUCAAGUUGUUUGCCAGAAAAUCCAUGGCACAAGUUCCCUUUUACUGGGUUUGUAGCAAUGUUAUCUGCCAUAGUGACACUAAUGGUGGACUCAUUGGCCACUAGUGUGUAUAGCAAGAAGUCUACCGUUGGAGUUAACCCUGAGAGUAAUACUCAUGGUGCUGAACCAGAUCAAGAGAUGGCUGUUGGACAUUUCCAUGGCCACGGCAACGGUCAUGGACACCAUUAUGAGGCCAAACUUGCUGAUGGUGAAAAACAAUUGCUUCGGUACCGGGUUGUUGCCAUGGUAUUAGAAUUGGGCAUCAUUGUGCAUUCAGUAGUGAUAGGCCUCUCUCUUGGAGCCUCAAGCAACACUUGUACAAUUAAGGGCCUUGUAGCUGCUCUUUGCUUCCAUCAAAUGUUUGAAGGAAUGGGUCUUGGUGGUUGCAUUCUCCAGGCUGAAUACAAGCCUUUCAAGAAGGCAGUCAUGGCAUUUUUCUUCGCAGUAACAACUCCUUUCGGAAUUGCACUUGGCAUUGCACUGUCCAAAAUGUACAAGGAAAGCAGUCCUAAUGCUUUGAUCACUGUUGGUUUGCUCAACGCAUCAUCUGCUGGACUCUUGAUUUACAUGGCAUUGGUUGAUCUUCUAGCUGCCGAUUUUAUGGGUCCAAAAUUGCAGGGUAGCAUUAAGCUCCAGCUUAAGUCUUACAUGGCUGUACUUUUGGGAGCUGGUGGCAUGUCUCUAAUGGCGAAAUGGGCUUGACAUGGUUCGUUAGUUUCUCGUGGAAGAAUCUGUCAAGUCUCCCAUGUCAUAUUAUUACUCCAAAAUUAUCUAAAAAAAAUCGUGUCUCCUGUACUUUCCUUGAAAGUUGAGUAUGUUUUUCAUUUUUUUUCUUAUUGCAAGUUCAAAGUUGUUUUUGUUUUAUGAGUGUGUCGUUUCAUAAUUAAUGUCUUUUAAUGAAAGAGAAGCUUCAUAAUUUUGAUGUUUCAACAAUAUGAUAUUUCAUGUUA